AUGACCACAACGGAGCAACAGAGGCAGAAGAUGCAGGAGGAAAACGCACUAUUGGCUUUCAGGUACGAGAAGUGGACGGCAGAGCAUGCGGCGCCAAGACUCGUUUGGCAUAUUGUCAAGCACAAGCUCCUUCCGAAAUUGGACAACGCAAAAGCCAAAGCGCUAGCGAAGCAUCAGGGCGAAGAAAGGGAACGGAAAAAGCAGGAGGAAGCGGAAAGAGAAAGGAAGGAGGAGCGCCACCACGUGCAUAGGAAAGAAACGGACAGGAAUGCCCACCUACGCACUUUAGGAGAGGAACUCUUCAACAAGUUGAAACUCCCGGAACAGGUGGAGAGCGAUCGCAUCUUUCGUGCGGUGGAAGAUCAGUAUAGGUUAUUCGAAAUGGGCCAAGAGCCGGAGGUCGAUGCGGAAGAGCGUUUUUAUUCGGAUUUUGCGGCGGCGACAGUGCACGAGUUCCGUUUUGGUCUACUUCACGGUCUCGACAUGCAUGACAAGAAACUACUUCACGGUCUCAACAUGCAUGACGAGAAACAAGGAGCCUAUUACCAUCACUUGGCCGACAAAGAUGACAAGUUGCAGAGGGACCACAAGGAAGGGCGCCUGACUCACGAAAGGCAUGAGUUUGAUCAUGCACUUCAGUACUUCAUCGGCAAGAUGCAUGGUGUCAACAAGUUGAAACUCGAGUUUACGCAUUUGCAGAACGAAGACCUGCUGCCUGCCCAUCUUGAUUCGGCUAACAUAAAGAGUGCGGAGCAAAAGCUGUGGCAUCACUGCCGAAAGUUCCUUGCCCACCGCGUUUUGGCUAUGAGCGUUCUGUACUACACGCAGAUCCACCCCUCCAUCUUGGACACGCCCACGACCGACCAGUACUACUUUGCCUACCGCUAUUUGCACACGCUGAAGGACCAGCUCGCUACGCAUGACAAGGCACAGCUAAAAAGAGCAGGACUACCACAGGAGCUGGAAAGCAUAAUAAACGACUUGCGUAAGAAGGCAUCGUUUGCUGUGUGGAGGAAGCAUCUUACAGAUCUACGCCACAUCAAACUAGGCAAGGACCCCGCAAGGGAGCAUCCACACCCCAUGGAUUUUUGGACGCAUGAUGAGAUCGUCGGCGAGGUGCCGAACGUUGAGAAGGCAGAAAAGGCUGUCGCGAGGUGGAAGGAAGCCGAAAAGAAGCGAGUUGAGGCAGAGGAGGAGGUGGGGAGGGUUGCGCGCUCUCUUUGUGCAAACGAGCAUAAAGGGUCAGCGGAACAAUGCGCUGAACAUGAUGAUGAUGGUACGGAGAGCCCGAACAUGCUUUAUUACCGCGCCUUGGUUGUGCAGAUAUACCAGGAGCUACUCAAGAAAAAAACUGGAUUAGUGCAACGUGUCUUUGCGCUGAGCAAAGGAGCCACUUAGGGUUGUUUUGUGAUUGGCGCGCGCUGUGUGGUACUUUUGCAAAUUGUUGUUGUGGGCUAUCUGGCUCGAUCUUUUUCUGUAUGCAAAGCAGCGCAACGUUGCAGAAAGAGAAAGGAUGAGGAACGAAAGAAGGCAGAGCUACCCGAGCACAAGUUUUUUCUUGGAUAGGGGUUGGAGCGCAUAUCACAGUUCACGAAUACAAAAACGGAUGCAGUCGCUAUCUAUAAAGAGCCAGCCAUCACAGCAGCAUCGCAGGAAAGUGUGAACAAAGGCAGAAGGCUAGAACAGGUAGUACAGGACUUAAAAUUCGAAAGCAUCCACAUCGAAGCUAGCUCGACUUGGAAACUCGGACGGUUCCUCCUCGACCAUGGGGUACGCCAGCCAUAGGCGGGAAACUCGCAAUAAGAUAAAAACUGGUCCACUUACUGCGCUCAGUGCGCAGCACAGCUGAGACGAGCAGCAUUUCGAACAGAGUCGCCACUAGCACCCUUAACACGCGCUUAGGGCGGGUUGACACGCCAGGUCAGUCAUGUUGAGCUACAAAAUGCCGCACUUGUGCUUAAUCAAUGAUUGCCGACAUCUUGUUUGCACUCGGGAGCUGUGCACCCUUGAUUGUGUUGAUGUGCAGCCGGGCUCAGGUCUCUGGGAUGCGAGGAUGGCCGCUUGUGUGACGAGUAGAUCGGAAAGGUGCGAGCGCCACUCCAUGUGAUUUUUUUCUUUCAUUGCUUCAACGGCCGCCCCCAUUCUAGAUUAUUGCUGGGAAUUAGACCCGCGGAUGCAUUGGUCGUCAGAGCUGCUUGCUUGUUUUUUUUGAAAGAAAAGCACCGCGUGGUGCGCUUCGUGCUUCACCAGGGAUGGCCACGUCUUUUCCGCAACCGCCCUCCCCUUCCAAAAGGCGCCGUGGGCAAAACGGAGUGGCGAGAAGAGGCCUGCUACAAAACAGUUGGCAAAAGGCAAGGGCGCUGGUUGGAUGUCUUUCCGGGGAAAAAAUCCUCGAUGCUGCGCUGUUUCUUGCCAUCUGCGUUGCAGCAGAUUCGCUUUGCCACUCCUACGUAGCCUUCCGGAGCGUGGCUUGCAUCAACUCGCACUCGGGUGCCGGAUUCGCAAGCCGGGCACGCCGCGAUGCCGGUAUGAAGAAAGCACACAUCCUCGCGCGAGGCCUCGUUUCGGUCGACCUCUAAAACCCUCACAAUUUUGCUCGCUGGGCAAGAAACACUACAAAUGCCGCAACAAGCAAAGCGGGACAUCUGCAGAUUGUUUGCAAACGCCACGGGGUAUUCUUUUUUCGCCGCGCAGGCUCCCUGUCCUUACUAAGAUGGCAGCGCAGCACGAAAAACAAUAGGAUUGUUUGUCUAGUUACGAGCAUUCCCCUACUGCUGGCGAGUGAUACACGCGAUUGUGGACGGCCGCGAGCCCGUUCAUCCGGAAAAUUUUAAAAGGUGUGGAAAACGCGCAGAUAGACUACCGUGAAGCGUACACGCUGCCUGCGUAUCAUACGAGAAAAAUGGAGUCGUUAGCACACAAGCUGAUGGACAUGUUUCGGAACAAAGGACCAAUGUACAAGUGGCGAAAACUACCUGAAAGCAAAAUCGCAGAAACCUGGAUAGACCUGAAACUCUAGCAGGAAAAGGAGCAUUUAACUUUGCACCACGGCUACACUUUUCGUCUAUCGAUGGAAAAGAAAACAAAGCAGUCCAUUGAUUUUGAAGCUGGCUCGAUGGCAAUGUUUGCGUAGUAUUUUCUCCCUUGAAACAGGUUCUGUGAAUCGUCCAUACAGCAUUGCGCUUUUAUGUCUUUUUUGACAAUAUAUUUUUAGCUUUUUUAUGAGAGUUUUCGGUUUGGUUGGAUGGCGAUGGGCUGUGGUUCUGGGUCUAGUACGUAGAAAAUGCAAUAGUAUCGAUAGGUAUAUUGAUCGCGUUAUCGCCUGUUUUUUAUGUUGAUGUUUGAGUUUCAAGGUAGGAUACUGCAAGUUGCAUUCAUGCAUGCGAGGGUGGCGCUGCGUCCGACCUCAUACAUUUUUCUGCCCGAACGCGUGACAAGGUUCAGUGUAUUCAAUCGGCUUUGCUACUUGUUCAAUAGCAAUGCUAGCAAAUAAAGCAAUAAGCACAUGAGGCAAGGCAAACUCAAUAAACAGAUUCAGUUUGUUUUUUUAAAAGCUUCAUAUUGUUGUUGGGAACGGAAAGUAUAGCUAGAAACCAAGCCAGCGGAGGAGAAGGAUUGAAAAGCUGAUAGCGUCUACUUUGUUCUUUCCUCGUACUUCGAUACGAAACAAUGGGCAUACUUCAACGAACUUGCAUAUUGUCGACCGGGCACAUGGGCACUUCGAGCCGCAUUUUAUAUAUAGGUUUCCAUUAGCGCAAGCGCUCCGCUGGCUGCUGGUACUUUUUGAUUUUUGUAGCCAUUUCACUUGAUGGAAAUUGAUAAGCACAACAGCGAAGGUGGUAGGACAAAAGCGCCACUACGGACGUACUUCGAAGCGUUUAUUCGCUGCGAGUGA